AUGGGUUGUAGAACUUGUAACAUUACGAAUAACCAGCAAACUGAUUUAAGUUAUAAUUAUCUUGAGCACGCUCGCUUUCAACAACACACUGAUAAGCAGUUGUUAGAAAUUGAACAACAACAAUCAAAAGCGUACUGUUACCACUCAAUGGCAGGAAAAGCUUGCACUUUUUUAGAUAUUACAAUGAAUGCAUUAAGUAAAGCUGCAAAAGCACUCAAGCUUGCUUUUUCAACUGUAAUGACGGAAUCAAUUUAUCAAGAAUUACAGGAAUUAUUAACAAAAGAAAAUAAUCUACUUCUUCAAGCAUUAAGGCACAUCAUUGACGGUUGGAUAGAUCCUCGGUUUAAUAAUACUACGGCACUUUCUAAACUUGCUUUAGAUUCGCAUAUUAAUAGCAUUUUCUCAAAUUGGUAUGCCAUAGAGAAUGCAGUGUUAUAUUUAGAGGAUGAAGACAAGAAUAAUGAUAAUG